AUGUCAGGCAUCUUGAGGCAGACCAUCAACCUUGGUCGCCUGUACAGGCCGACUUACCAAAUACCAUCCCGCGGUCGCUCGCUAUCAUUAAGACCUGCUUCAAUCCCGCGACCAACCUACGCAUACCAGCGCGUCCGCCGCUACGCCACCCAACCCGAAGAGCCUCGAGACAAGGAUGAGGCCAAGGACAAGACUCCCGGCCAGUCUGCUCCUGGCAUGGAGCAUCUCUACAACAAGGGCGGCCCCUUGACAAACGAAAAGGCCGAAUCAUCUUCCUCCGACUCUCCUCGCCCCGGCUUUGCGAAGCUUACUCCCGAGGAAGAGAAGGAGCUCGUCGAGGUUUUCAACAACAUCAAGAAGGGCAUGCCCGCAUCCAUGGCCGAAGAGGUUGAAAAGACUUUCCAGAAAAUGCGCAAGGAAGGAAUCCCUCAAGACCUACGCGAUACCAUGGACGAGGUCAAGCAAGGCCACAUGACCCCUGCUGUCGCUGCUCGCUUGUGGCGCCAAGUCUCUUCCAUGGCUAGGAAGACUGCUGAGAGCGACAUGAAGAGCGAAGCCAAGGGCGCUCAGCAAAAGUCUGGUGCUCACGAUCCUGGAGCUGGUUCAAAGUCAAAGUCGAACAACAAGGGCGAAGACAAGGAUGGUCCAGCAUACAACAUCAAGGACAUCAAGCUGGAUAUGAACAGCAUCAUUCUUUCCGCCUUCACCUCAUACCUCAUCUACCGUCUGGUAGUCCCCAGCGAGAACUCCCGCGAGAUUACAUGGCAAGAGCUGAGAAACACCUUCCUUGACAAGGGCCUUGUCGAGAGACUCGUCGUCGUCAAUAACAACAAGGUUAGAGUGCAUGUCCACCAGCAGUCUGUCCAAGCCAUGUACCCCGAAAGCCCUGCUGCUCAUGGCAACUUCUACUACUACUUCUCAAUCGGCUCUGUUGAAGCCUUUGAGCGCAGACUUGACGAGGCACAGAAAGAGCUUGGCAUCCCAUCAUCUGAGAGAAUUCCCGUGCAAUAUAGUCGCGAAGUCUCCUGGGCUGACACGAUAUUGAGCUUCGGCCCCACUCUGCUGUUCAUUGGUGCCAUCUUCUGGCUCUCAAGAAGAGCUGCAUCAGGAGCUGGCGGUGGUGGCGGUGGUGGUAUCUUUGGUAUGGGUAAGAGUCGUGCGAAGAAAUUCAACCACGAAACCGACGUCAAGGUUAAGUUCGCCGACGUUGCUGGUAUGGACGAAGCAAAGGUCGAGAUCAUGGAGUUUGUCAACUUCCUGAAGCAACCCGAGCGCUUCCAAAAGCUUGGCGCAAAGAUCCCUAGAGGUGCUAUUCUCUCUGGUCCUCCUGGUACUGGUAAGACUCUGCUCGCAAAGGCAACUGCUGGUGAGUCUGGUGUACCAUUCUUCAGUGUCAGUGGUUCCGAGUUCGUCGAGAUGUUCGUCGGUGUUGGUGCUUCAAGAGUACGCGAUCUGUUCCAGAAUGCCAGAAAGAGCACGCCCUGCAUUAUCUUCAUCGAUGAGAUUGAUGCUAUUGGAAAGUCAAGAUCCAAGCAAAACUUCGGCGGUGGUAACGAUGAGAGAGAGGCUACGCUUAACCAGAUUCUUACUGAGAUGGAUGGUUUCGCGAGCACUGAGCAGGUCAUCGUUCUUGCUGGUACCAACCGUGCAGAUGUUCUGGAUCAAGCUCUUAUGCGUCCAGGUCGUUUCGACAGACACAUCUCAAUCGACAAGCCUACCAUGGAUGGACGCAAGCAGAUCUUCGCUGUCCACUUGAAGAACAUUGUGACAAAGGAGGACAUUGAAUAUCUCAAGGGUCGUCUGGCAGCACUUACUCCCGGGUUUUCCGGAGCAGACAUUGCCAACUGUGUCAAUGAAGCUGCUUUGAUUGCCGCUCGUGGCGGUGCUGACACUGUCAAGAUGAUUCACUUCGAGCAGGCCAUCGAGCGUGUUAUUGGCGGUCUUGAGAAGAAGUCCUUGGUUCUUUCACCCGAGGAGAAGCGCACAGUCGCAUACCACGAGGCUGGCCAUGCCAUCUGUGGUUGGUACUUCAAGUGGGCCGACCCUCUUCUCAAGGUCUCUAUUAUUCCUCGUGGUCAAGGAGCUCUUGGUUAUGCUCAGUACCUUCCUUCGGGAGACACCUACCUCAUGUCGUACCUGCAGCUUCUCGAUCGUAUGGCCAUGACUCUUGCUGGCCGUGUCUCUGAGGAGAUCCACUUCGAGACUGUUACAUCAGGAGCAUCAGACGACUUCAACAAGGUCACUCGCAUGGCUACCGCCAUGGUUACCAAGUGGGGCAUGUCACCCAAGGUCGGCUACCUCUACUUCGAGGAUGACCCGAACCAGCUCCAGAAACCUUUCUCAGAGGAGACCGCUCGCAACAUUGAUACCGAGGUGAAGCGCAUCGUCGAUGAAGCCUACAAGCAAUGUCGCGACCUUCUCGAGGAGAAGAAGAAGGAGAUCGGCAUCGUUGCUGAGGAGUUGCUCCGCAAGGAAGUCUUGACCCGCGACGACCUCGUCAGAUUGCUUGGCCCAAGACCAUUCGAGGACAAGGGCGAUUUCAGCAAGUACUUUGGCGGCCGUGGCGACCGUGAAGGUCCUGGCGCAGGAAUCCCUGGCAUCCCCGAGAAGCCUGAUGGACCCAUCCUUCCUCCCGGAUCCUCCAACCCUGCUCCUGUGGUGUUCAAGGAUUUGAACAAAUAA